CGUCACUUCCUGAUCGGUGAGCGUGUUGCUGAAUCAGGUGAGGAGGCAAAACGCGUUAACUUCAAGAAACACAAUCAUGUUCCCUUCGUAAAGCGAUGAAACUCAACGACUGCGCCCCCCAGCAGACCACCAUGGUCCCCACCGACUUUAAAGCUCUGAUCCAGAGGUUUUAUCAUCUUCAGUCUGAGCGGGUAGAGACCUACCGGCUCUUUGAAGAAGGACACGAGGCCUACUUGAGGACAGGCCCUCAGUAUGACUUCGACCACUACAGACAGCUGGUCCACGAGAUAACGCAGGCUUUCUGUGGCAUCUCCAAGGAAGUACUGGAGAUUAAGGGGCGCCUGCACCAUGACUUUGACAGAACAGACCUCUCCGAGCACAUUGAAAAACUUCAGAGCAAAGAAAAACAAAAACUUGAGCUGACAGCCAAGCUGCAGCUGGCCAGGCAGCAGGCCCAGGAUCACCCGGAGGAUGAGGACUGUCAAGAAAAGAUUCAGGAGAUCAAGCACGAAAUCAUCAAGAACAAAGAGGCUCUGAGCGAGAUCAUGCAGGAUUUUAAAUAUGACUCGGAGGAUUGUGAUUGACGGCUGGGUCCCUGAAGGCCUGCUCCCGCCCUCUCACAUCAGCAGACAGCAGAGCUGACAGGUCGACUCUGUAUGCUGCAACUUCCAUCUUGGACUCCUCAGCUGCACUUAUUGAUCCCCCUCUGGCCCCACCCUGCUCCGUGCUGCAGUCUUAUUCCCACCUAGGGGGGGCUUUUACAUUCUGGCAUGGCGUGCUUCUGUCUGUACUCGUGUGUUUGUGUUAUUGCAUGAUUCAACACAAAAAAGAGAGAGAAGAUAAUCUGCUUGUGUUGGGUUCAAAUGUGUUCUUGAGGAAUGGAAUAAAGUUGAAAUACUCGAAGGAUUUCAUCCAGUUAUCUUUGUUCACUGGAAUAAAAUGUAUUUUUAAAUAAUAAAGACAUUUAAAGAAAUAAAUUUGGU